GUUUUUGUUCAAGACAGUAGUGGGUGUGAUUUUGCUCUUUUACUUUACAUGUGUGAUAAUAAUGUAUUCCUCAUCAGAAGCAAGGCAGCUUAUGAUUUAUUUACAUCCUUGGAAGAGUCCAUUUGAAAAUUUAGCUGAUCCUAGUUCAUUUGGUUUACCUGAUAGUACUGUACAUUUUUAUAUAUCUGGUCCUGCUGGUAAACUAGGAGCAUGGAAUAUUCUUAGUCAAAAUGCUGAUAAGGCUCAAGAUGCCAAAACUGACAAGCAUUCCCACCUCAGUGAUGGAAGCCCAGUAUUUCUCUAUUUUCAUGGCAAUGGUUUUACAAGAGGGACUGGUCACAGACUAGGACUUUAUAAGUUGUUGACUUCCAUUGGUUAUCAUGUGGUAACAAUUGACUAUAGAGGUUUUGGUGACUCUGAAGGAAAGCCAUCUGAAAAUGGACUCAUUGAGGAUGGUCUUGCUGCUUGGAAGUGGAUAAGGUCACAAAGUCCUGAGGCACCUUUGUACAUUUGGGGUCACUCCUUAGGUUCAGGAGUAGCUGGUGGAGUUGCAAAAGCUUUAUGUGAAGAAGGUUCUCCACCAUUAGGAGUCAUUCUUGAAGCACCUUUUAACAAUAUUUGGGAUGGAGCAGUCCACCAUCCAAUAACUAUACCUUUCAGAUUCCUUCCAUAUUUUAAUGAGACCGUGCUAGAUGAAGUCAAAGAAGUAUUUCGCACUGAUAAGAGGUUAGCAGACGUCUAUUGUCCGAUAUUAAUCCUUCAUGAUAGAAGUGAUGAGAUCAUAUCGUUUGAACUAGGAAAAAAGUUGUAUGAAAGUGCUAAGGUCUCGCGGCCAGCUGAUGCAGGUCCUAUCAAAUUCAUUGAAUUAGAUGGACAUUAUGGUCACAAGAUGAUCUACCAAUCACAAAAGCUGCCGGGGAUCUUGAGGGAAUUCGUCAGGACCAACUGAUGCACAGAUCAGGAUACGAGUUAGAUGUCUGAAGACACGUGAUUUUAAGGGGCGAAUUGCCUUAAAAAAUGGACGCGAGGGCAAAACAGUGAGGGAAGCGGUAACAUUGAAGUGAAAAAAGUCUUACAAGAAGAUUAUUAAAUGGCUAAUAGACAUGUUCAUAUUAAUGUUAGAUUACCACUGUUGGUAGUCGUUUAAAAUGGAUGUAAACUUUUAAAUCCUGAUGUCAAUUGAGUAGUUAGAAUCAUUUUUAAAAUAAACGUGCUAUUUCUUGCACAAAAAUUA